AAACCAGAGGUAUCAGGAAAAAAAACUUGGACUUGUAUUUAACGCACAGCCAGGGAGAUACCACUUUCUUUGAGGUUUUAAAAGGAAAAGCAACAACUAAAAACCUGGUUUUGGAGACAACAAGAACAACUAAGGCAUGGAAGACAUGGAGUGGAGAUCUACUUGCGCUUCUCUUACUGGGAAAUAAUCUGUGCAGCUAACAGCCUAGGCCUGGGACCCAGUUGUUCACAUUGCUUGACAAAAAAAAAAAAAAAAAAAAAAAAAACAAUACUGCCAGACACAUUCAGGAUUCUGAUGUAUGGUUCUAAUUUGGAUGUGCUUUCAGGAUUUGGCGGAGGAAUCACUAGCUCCAAUGAGGAGUUGAAAUCAGUGUAUGAAAUCACUGGUUUGCUGGCUGGGUGACAGGGUAACAGUGCUGACAGUUCAGUUGUUCAGUAGUGGAAGAUUAGUUUGUGGUGCAUGGAGGGGAAUUAGUGGUGAACAAUGACUCUGAACUGCCAGAUAGGCAAGCUUAUUGUCAUACAGCCGUUUGGGUCAAGUGCUUUGCUGGCUAUGACCAAUUUGCCAGAGUUUUGAGGAACGACCCAGUUACUUUGUAUUAAAAAUGCUUCAUGAGGAUCAUCUGUUAAUAUUUCUAAACCAGAAACCUCUUUUAAAAGUCAUGUUUUGAGAGACUGCUCAUCAUUGUCUCAUUUUAAAGUAUUUAGCAGUGUAAAAGAUUUGAUACAUUCAUUUUGUUUUCUGAAACACCUGUGAGCACCUUCAUACAAAUUUGGCAACUCCGAGAAGGCAACAGGUUUGCAUAUGUCCUGGACAUCUUCCAUUGUGGAUGUUUGGUUGAUUUAGGCCUGUUGCAAAUUCAAGAAGUUUCUAAGUUCUGGCAUGUAAGAAUGCACUCCAAUCUGAAAUAACUGAACUGUCUGAUUAACAGGGGAAUAGGUGUGAUGAUGGUAGUAUACUGUAAUGUAGAACUGACACAGAUAUUUGACAUUUGUUAUAUUUAACAGACAUGAUGGAGGUCAUAGUUGGUCAUGCACACACUCUCCAAAUAUUCCCAAAAUGUACAGUAUUAUAGCUGCAUGUGUUCAUAGUUUAGCAUCUGCUGUACUUGUGAGUCUAAAUCAGAGGGGACUUUGAAAACCAAUGACAGCUAACUAACCCUAACCCUAACCCUAGCUUGAUGAACAGCAUAAAAUGCCUCUAAAGCAAGUUGGGAAUUAAUGAUGACAGUUAACCCAUAUAGCUUCACUGGACAAAUGCUAUUUCAGAGUAUGAGUAAAUCACUGAGUACGAGCUCUAAAUCUCCCACUGUCCUCUCCUGUCUGACUAGUUGCUGAAUGUUUAGGAGGACAGCGGUUCCCCCAGCUUCUCCACGAUGCUGUAUUCUUUAGCAGGAGGAGGCACACUCUGCGGUGUGGCCGCCCUCGUGCUUCUCAUCGUGUCUACAGCAACAGACUUUUGGAUGCAGUAUCGAUACUCGGGGAGCUCAGCCAAUCAGGGGCUUUGGAGGUUCUGCAUUAACCACAAAUGCCAUGCUCACACCAUAACUGUAGCUUUCUGGGAUGCCACACGGGCCUUCAUGUUACUGGCGGUGCUGAGCUGUUUUGCUGGCGUGGUGCUUGGCCUCAGCGCCUUCACUAACGGCACCAAGAACAGGAGGGUCCGCACAGGCGGCAUCGCCCUGGUCCUGUCAGGUUUCCUUGCUCUGCUAGCUUUGGCUAUUUACACUGGAGUGACUGUGACUUUCUUUGGCAAACGCUUCGUGGACUGGCGCUUCUCCUGGUCCUACAUCAUUGGCUGGGUGGCCAUCAUUCUGGCUUUUGCAGCAGGUGUGUUUCAGCUCUGUGCUUACCAGAGAACCACUGCAGAACCUCCUCCCUCAAAUAACCAGGACAGCUGAACAAGAUGAUCACUGAUUAGCUCCAAGGUGUUGCCAUGGAUGUUGCAGCUGCUGUUGAACACCUAGAAUGGAAUAAAUAGAGAUCAUAGACCCCUGUGUGGUUAAAUGUUUUAUCUUUUUCUGUUUUUUUUUUUUUUUUUUUUUUUUUUUUAUCUUGACCAUAACUACAGGGCUCCUGAAGGUCAGAACACAACAACAUUAUGCAAAACACAGUUCAGAAAACACAUCAUCAUUUUGGAAAACACUGACAUUUCUAAAAACACUACAAUAUUUUCAAACACACAUAAUUUCAGGCCUUAUGCUGAGGAAUGUCAGAGAGUGCUCACCAGCUCUUCAGCUUAAGCUUUUCUACUGCGAUAUCUGUGUGUAAGAGACUCACCACUAGAUGGCAGUCUUAUGCCACACACAGGAGGCAGUCCACACUGCUGACAGAUGAAGUCCUGUCUCCCUUGCACCUUGUUAGGUAAAGUGAAACCAGGUAUCUCACUAAAUAUUCUGAGAGUUUCUUGGCUGUGUGGUCUUUCAAAGCUGUGUACUUAGCUUCACAUCAAAUCAGGCAGGGUUUGGACCAGAUAACCAAAACCAACACAUCAAUAACUGCAUUUUUACUAGACUAUACAAUUAAUCCUUGUGAGAAAUUAGGUUGUAUAAUCAAACAGUAACAAUUGUCAUUUAAGACAUACAUUCUAAGCAUGCAAGUGUGUUUUGUCAGUGUUUUCACUGCAGUUUACUGUAGUUAAUCAAAUUCACUUUCCAUCCAAAUGAUCGAGCCUUGUGUAGGAAUAGUAAAAGGCAAAUACACAGAACAUUAUUUACUUUGCAACAUUUGAUUUAUUUUUAACAAUAGCAAAGCCAUCUCACAGAGACUACUUUGAAUUACACAGAAUGCAAAUAAAUAUAUAUAUAUAUAUAUAGGACCAUAGUAGAAUUAAGGACAUUAACAACCGAUACAAAAUUAUUUACAACACUUUGAAUAGUGCAAAACCACACAAAUACUGCCCUCAUCAUUGAGAUUCUUGCAUUGAGUCCAUUCGAGGACAGUGGAUGUGUGCUACCCCCUGGUGGGGGAUUAUAAAAACUGACGGUACUGUAUAUGGCAUGUUGACAAAAAACCCUUAGCGAAACAUUAUGAAUGGGACUCUCCUGAAACAGGGUGUAGCAAAAGUAAACCCAUCCGCUACAUCUGGUCAAGAAGAGUUUCCACAACAAGGGUGAUGUCAAAUCACUGAGAUGUGGCGUGGAUAUGCAUUGUUAGGUCAGUUGAAAAGGGUCAUAAGAGGGGAAAAAAAAAAAAAAAAUCAAGCAUUCUGAGAAGCUCAAUACAGUUAUAUCAGUUAGUAAAGUCAAGUGAAUCGCGAUGAAAAGAAGUAUUUUUUCUCAUAGGGACAUUUGAGAAGCCACCAAAGCCAAGAUGUACAGAAUGUGAACCCCAUCAUGAGCACUAAACGUUGAAAUGACAAAGGAAAAGAUGAAAACCUAAAACCACGUGGCAGGUAGUGCCCACCACCCCUGAGUGAAAACGAUUUUUUAAAAAGGUCUUAGCACCGUCUGAUACCACAGAACACCAGCUUUGCCAUUUCUUCUCAAUCCAAACACAGUGUCAUGGAUUGUGACAGGCACAACACAUUUUCUAAAGUGCGCUCGCUCACUUGAGCUGUUCCUUUCACUCACAACUUUUUUUUUUUUCCUUCUUACAUAAUUUCUUCCCCAAAAACAUCAAGCUCCAUUUAAAAACAGCACACAAAGAUAAAUUACAUUUUGCCAUGCAUAAUAAUUUGUUGCAUAUUGAAAUUUCUUUUUGGGACCACUUGCUCUUGCUGAUGAAACCUUGGACCUUACAGCAAGUGUAUUUGUAUAUUCUCCACUCUGGGUGAUUAGAGUGAGAAUGCAUAUACAGUAUCAGUCAAGUGUCAAUUUUGCAGACACAUGCAUGAACAUUAGAAAUACAUUAUCGGUGCUACUUUAAAUAACCUGAAAAAUUCUAGAAAUGCCACUUGGUCCUCAAGAGGCCUGUCAAGGAGAGAGGUUUAUACUUUAACACAACAUGGUCGUCUUUUUCUUGGUAGACAAUACAUCAACAGACUGAAGCAGACAGAUUUUAAGUCUACUUUUGAAGACCAAAGUCAUAGAAAAGUUGUUCACAAAGACACAUGGAUGCCUCUGAGAUAACCUCCUCGUGUCCUAUUGUUCUAAAUAUUUGUGCAUUGAUUGAUGCAUUCAUCCAGUAGAGACUGGAGAAAGAACCUCUGAGCAUUGAUCAUUAAACACGUUUAAAUCAUGCCAAACACGAGGAAAGGUAAUACUGCAAUCAUUUCUGAUUGGAGAAAGAGAGAAAGGAUAAAGACCAUCAGGAGAGUAUCAAGCCUCCAUGGGCUGAUCUGAAUUAGAGAUCUCAGCUAUCAUCAUUUCAACCCACAGCUGAUUAAGAAGAGCCACUCGAAGAGAAGUACCCAAAGGUUACUGAAGUCAAACAGAGAUGUGUAUAUACUGCAGAUAGAUGGAAGGGUAAAUAAGAGAUAGAAAAUCAAUUAAAAGUCAUCUCCGUGCACUCAUGCAAUAGACGUGCACAGUGUGCAUCUUUGGCUAUGCAUAGCACUACGUUUCCUGUGUUGAGGUGCAAUAAUAAGCACUACAGCAGGCUAAUGCUGAUUGGUAUAGCCCUGUUCAGACUGCAUGCUCAGGGAGAGGAAAAUGUAUGAAGGACAAUGGGUAACAUAAGUUCACAGCUGUGGAACAGUUUUUUUUUUUUUUCCCCAGGAAAGUGCCCAUCAACUUGGCUAGCAUGGCACCUUGCUGAGUUAGAGCCGUUUGGCUUUGGUUUGAAUGACAGA